UCUGUAUUGCCACAUGGUCGAGCCAAGGAUGAGAAAUGUUAUUGAGAAAACAGAAUGUCCCCACAACCUUGUGCCCAUGAGAAAGGCGUUUAAAGGUACGUUCAUUGCUGCGGGGGGUUAUGAUAGAGAAGAUGGUAUCAAAGCUGUGGCUGAAAACCGCGCUGAUCUUAUUGCCUUUGGUCGUUUCUUCUUGGCAAAUCCCGAUUUACCAAAGAGAUUCGCGGUGAAUGCUCCCCUCAACCCUUAUAAUAGGGAUACAUUUUAUUUGCCUGAUCCUGUUGUAGGCUAUACUGACUACCCAUUUCUUGACGAAAAUUAGUGAUUUUAGGGCAAGGUACCUUAAAACUUCAAAUGUCAAUCAAAAUUUAUCAGUUUCUACAUGAAUAACUUCACGUGGAAAUAAAUUAUUUGGUUACUUAUUUUUGCAACA